AUGGCAGAAAUCACGUGGCCUUGGCAGUAUAACUUUCCUCCCUUCUUUACAAUCCAACCGCAUUCAGAAACUAGAGCUAAGCAACUAGAAGCAUGGGAAACACUGAUAAUAGACUAUUUAAAAGCAAGUAAACAGUCGACAAUAGAUAUAAGAGAAUCACAAAACACUCCUUUAUUCAACAAUGCCGCAAUUGAAAGAAAAUUAUCCCAAGAGGCUGUGUUGACAAUAUUAGAGGAUAUGGCAAAGACGGGCAAAGCUGCCCCUGUAGAUAAAAGUAAAAAUGUAUGGGAAAUAUACUGGCAUUCGUUGGAUGAGUGGGGCAAUAUGAUAUAUAACUGGGCAUGCAAUAACGGAAUGAAUAAUUCUGUGUGUACGUUAUUUGAGUUGAGAGAAGGAGAUAACACUGCAGAUCAAGAAUUCCAUGGUUUGGAUAUGAAUGUACUUGUGAAGGCUUUAAAAAGAUUAGAACUCAAAAGCAGAUGUGAGUUAAUGGAAUUCGACGACAGUCAAGGUGUUAAGUUUUUCUGA